AUGGCUCUUCGUCACCGUUUGUUGCUUGACACAAAUUCAAGCACGCCUGCGCCAAGUAACAUGAAUAGGACAAGAGAGACUUUCACAGGUGAUGCAAAUUUUGACACCAAUAUGGUGAUUAUCUUGGCUGCGUUGCUUUGUGCGCUUAUAUGUGCUUUGGGACUCAACUCAAUUGUGCGAUGUGCUCUGAGAUGUAGCCGCAGGUUUGCUUUUGAGACCCCAGAGGAGACUGCGGCACGUUUGGUGGCAAAAGGCCUAAAGAAGAGUGCAUUGCAUCAGAUCCCUAUAGUUGUUUAUGGUUCAGGUAGUGUUGGUAUUGCAGCCACAGAUUGUCCAAUUUGCCUUGGGGAGUUUGUGGAUGGGGAGAAAGUAAGAGUGUUGCCAAAAUGUAACCAUGGAUUCCAUGUAAGGUGCAUAGAUACAUGGCUCCUCUCACACUCCUCUUGUCCUAAUUGCAGACAAUCUUUGCUUGAGCAACCAACUAUUUCUGGAGCUGUAGCAGAAGGAACCAGUAACUAUGCAGGGAAUGUUUUAGGAGGACAGGAACAUGUGUCUUUAGCAGUGCCUGUGGAAGAGGUUGGUUAA